UUCGUCAAUCCCGGGCAUUUUAUGUUGAAAGAAACCGGAAGUGGCUUGUAUUACGUCAGCGAGCUUGAUGUAGGUCGGUGCAACCCAUCACAACAUCGCCGCUUUGUUCGCCUGGAAUAUUCGAUGAAGUGUUGAAGCAAGUGGGCCAUGUCCACCAUGGUGUAUCCUGGAGAAGAAGCCCUGGAGCGCCUGAGCCAGGAUGAGAUUGUCCUCAACACCAAGGCGGUCAUGCAGGGAUUGGAGGCGCUGCGCGGCGAGCACGCUCAGCUCCUCAACUCGAUGCUGGACUGCGCUCAGCCUCCCGCCUCGCAGGAGAAGUCCGGUCUGCUGCGCAAAAGCAUGGAGGCCAUCGAGCUGGGCCUGGGAGAAGCUCAAGUGAUCAUUGCUCUGUCGGGCCACCUGAGCGCGGUGGAAUCGGAAAAGCAGAAGCUGCGCGCCCAAGUGCGCCGCCUGUGUCAAGAGAACCAGUGGCUGCGGGACGAGCUGGCAGCCACGCAGCACAAGUUGCAGCGCAGCGAGCAGAGCGUGGCCCAACUGGAGGAGGAGAAGAAGCACCUGGAGUUCAUGAACCACAUCAAGAAGCUGGACGACGAUGCUUUGCCCUGCGAGGAGAAGACAGGGGAGACAUCCAAGGACAACCUGGACGACCUGUUCCCCAACGACGACGACCAAAGUGCAGCUCAGCCCAGCGGUGAGGCGGCGGCACAGCAGGGCGGCUAUGAAAUCCCUGCCCGCCUCAGGACCCUGCACAACUUGGUGAUCCAGUACGCCUCGCAGGGCCGCUACGAGGUGGCCGUGCCUCUCUGCAAACAGGCUUUGGAAGACCUGGAGAAAACAUCGGGUCACGAUCACCCCGACGUGGCCACCAUGCUCAACAUCCUGGCGCUGGUCUACAGGGACCAGAACAAGUACAAAGAAGCAGCGCACCUCCUCAAUGACGCCCUCGCCAUCAGGGAGAAGACGCUGGGGAAAGACCAUCCUGCAGUGGCGGCCACCCUCAACAACCUGGCAGUUCUGUAUGGGAAGAGGGGCAAGUACAAGGAGGCAGAGCCUUUGUGCAAGCGAGCGCUGGAGAUUCGAGAGAAGGUGUUGGGGAAGUACCACCCAGACGUGGCCAAGCAACUUAACAACCUGGCGCUACUGUGCCAGAACCAGGCCAAAUAUGAGGAGGUGGAGUAUUACUACGGCCGCGCCCUGGAGAUCUACCAGUCCAAGCUGGGCGCCGACGACCCCAAUGUGGCAAAGACCAAAAACAACCUGGCCACGUGUUACCUCAAGCAAGGCAAGUUCAAAGACGCCGAGGCGCUCUACAAGGACAUCCUGACACGAGCGCACGAGCGUGAGUUUGGCUCAGUCAACAAUGACAACAAGCCCAUCUGGAUGCACGCGGAGGAGCGAGAGGAAAGCAAGGGGAAGCGCAAGGAGGCGGGGCCUUACGUGGAAUAUGGCAGCUGGUACAAGGCGUGCAAGGUGGACAGCCCUACGGUCAAUACCACCCUUAAGAGUCUGGGUGCCCUCUACCGCCGCCAAGGCAAAUUGGAGGCGGCCCAAACACUGGAGGAGUGCGCCAGCAAGUCCCGCAAGCAGGGGUUUGACGCCAUCAACCAGAGCAAGGUGGUGGAGCUCCUCAAGGAUGGCGGAGGAGAGCGGCGACACAGCCGGGAGGGAGGCAACGGCUCGGGGGGGCCCAGCGAAGCCGACGACUCUGCCGAGUGGAACGGGGUCAGUUCACUAGAUUUUCUUGGCCGUCGUUCUCGUAUUGACAUGUGUGAAGUGGGCGUGGUUUUCUUGCAGGACGGGAGCGGCUCUCUGCGCCGCAGCGGUUCCUUCGGUAAGAUCCGCGAUGCUCUGAGGAGGAGCAGCGAGAUGCUGGUGAAGAAGCUUCAAGGCAGCGGACCGCAAGAAGCUCGCAACCCAGGGAUGAAGAGAGCGAGCUCGCUCAACUUCCUCAACAAGAGUGUUGAGGAGACCACACAGGACGCCAACUCGCCAAUGCUGUCGGACUGUCGAGGACUCAGUGCCAGCAACGUGGACCUGACCAGACGCAGCUCCUUGAUUGGCUAGAUGCAGCCUGGGAGCGUUUGAUGAGACGUCACACUUAAGCCCGAUGGUAGUUUUUGUUGUCAACGUGCCGUGCCCCAUCACUCCUGUAUGUUCCCACUCGGCAUGUGUGCACUUGAACGUCACACCAUGCGAACAUAGUGGGUCGUAUACAUAGUCUGUACAUAUGCACGUUAAUCGUGCACGUAGCUGCUUCCUCACCCUGGAGGUGAUGCAACUGUACCGGUCACCAUGGUGACACAACACAUUGCUCUUAAUGAGUUGUUUGCUUCCUGUCAUGUGGCAAAAGCUCUAGCAGGACGUGCUUCCUACAUGUUGCUGCGAGGUUAUUAAGCAGGUAGCGUGUCACACUGCGGUCAUUAAUUAUUUACUUAGCAGGAACAUUGCUGACCUCCAAGGAUGUUGUCAACAUGUUUCAGUCAAUAAACGUUGAGCCUGA